AUGCUAGGUACCGUGCUAAACGCAUAUUCCGUGACUUUUAAUAUCUGUAGUGACGAUCCCAGGAAAAAGCUAUCCAUUAAUGGAGAUGGGAGAAGCCGGGGAAGGUCACUUAGAUUUAAUACAUUAGUAUUUGGGCGCUGGGAACUGGACCGCUCUUUUGUUUUCCCCUUUAAGUAAAAGAAUCCCACGCAGAAACCAAGAAGGCUGAGAUAAGAAGCAUGCGCAGUGCGACCCAGAAGAAAGCCCUCCGCCUCUCGCUCCCAACCACUGAGGUUUGAGGCGGAAGCAAGCGCUCCUCUCUGUCCUUCUUGCACGCAUGCGCCCUCACCACAUCUUCGGCGCCCAGCCCCACUCCUAGGCAGCGCGCGGGCGGGCGGUUUGAAAGCCAUGGCGGAAUCGGAUCCCUUGGAGGCUACCUUCCAAAGGUCCUUGCAUAUUCAGAAGCUAAAAGCCCGGGAUGUCACGGAGGACGACGUUGUGCGGUGUAUGCAGAAGCAGGCGAAGAUCAUUAAUGGCCCCGGAAUCGGCAGUGACUUGGAUGCGCAGCGGCGGGAGAUGCCGUGCGUGUUCCUGUGCUCUCGCUGCCAGCGGCCCUUGGGGGACUCUCUGAGCUGGGAGGGCACCGACUUUGAGGGCAACUUCUUCUUUUUGAACGCAGUCUCAGCUAAUGUUUAUGUGGAUAAGGAACAGAAGCUAUCCACUAGAAAAAAUGAAUAUGGCUGCAUGAUUGAAACUUUGAGUUGUAAUGGAUGUUCACUGAAUAUUGGCCAAAUAUACAGAUGUACACCCAGACAUCUUGAUUAUAAGCGAGACUUGUUUUGCUUCGAUGUUUCAUCAGUUGAUGGUUACAUUCUAGGUUCUGCUGAAAAUGAAGCUGUGCCUGAAAAUGAAGAGCCUGUAACUCUUGAUAAGCAAGAUGUAAUGGAAAGCAUUUUAAAGAAGCUGCAAGUUAUCAUGCAUGGAUUGGAGCUAAGGGUGUCCUUGGUUGAAUCAGUUGUUUCAGGUCUUUGUGACACAACAUGAAAGAAAUUUCACAUUUUUUUCCCUACUACUCUUUUGUUUCCCCUUUUGUAUGUAUUGUAAUUUGUUGUAACAAGAAUUAUACUUACGUGAGGUCAUUUUAUUCCCGUUAUGCUUAAGUGAAAAGAGCUUUAAUCAGUUUUAUAACUAUUGAUGUUAUUUUACAACUGUUAAUUAUGGGAUAGAAGUUUCUCUUUUCUGAAUUUUAAUGCUAAAAUUAUGUUUAUAAAAUGUCACUUCCAGAAAACACUAGUGUGGAAUUUAAGAGUUUAUUAUGGAUUCCUUGACCCUCUUUAUCCUUUGUCUCAUUUUUAUAUUCCUUGACUUCAUCUUCCUUACACUUUUUGUUGUCUUAACUGAUGCCUGUUAGCUUGGCUGGUGAAGGGAAGUAUGUUAUUAAAAAAAAUCAAGUCUGGCUAUUAUCACAAACAAAUA